CUAUUAUGACCUGUAAGGGGCGCUUGUUGACACGUUCAUACCGAGAACGUCCGAGGAGUCGCGUGGGAGUUUCUCAGCCAUGGUAAGCCUUGCAGAGCUGUCCCUGCUCGAAACUGAGUUAUCACGCAAGACGAAUGUUUUCUGAAAAUUCCCGUCUGGGACCGGGACCAUGUCCGCUCCGACGCCGCAUCGACACGAGCAAGAUUUGGUUCAGCGGCGUGACCUCACAGAGUCGUCGGUCGAAAACCAAAGAGGCUGGCAUUCUCUCCCUCAAGCUGUCAAUGGCGCAAGGCAGACGGCAGCACAGCCGCAGCCGAACCGGGUUGAGGGGAGCAGGAUCCAACCACUACCUCUGAGUAAUCAGGGCAUGAGGUGGCGACUUGAGGACAAUCCCAGCACCAGGGAGCCUCCGCUGGAUGACUGCGUGCGCAUGGGGACACUGUUUGGGAUGUUCAAUAAGUGUCUGCGAGGGAUGGGUUUCAGCCAGAUGUACUUUGGGGACAAGAUAGUCGAGCCAGUGGUGGUCGUUUUCUUCUGGCUACUGCUGUGGUUCCUUGGCAUUCAGGCUCUUGGACUCGUGGGAACUCUGUGCAUCAUCAUCAUUUACAUCCAGGAGUAAUGAGAGUUGGCACUUUGGUAGCUGUGGAUGCUUCUGGAAAUUUUCGGUUUGGACGGCCCUGCACAACGGCGCUUUUAUAGAGACCUGUACUGUCAUGUUGACGAACGGGGGCUUUGCAGGUAUCAGUGGAGGAGUCGGAAACAAAGGUGAUUCUUUAGAAGUCAAGAUGCAAAAGAUAGUUUGACCAUUUUUGAAAAAUAUAAAUCCAUGUGAUGAAUAUGGCAACCAAUUAAAGCAGAAGUCCCCAA